UAAUUUGGUUUGAUGACUUUAGAAAGCGUUGACGUUUUUGCCAACCAUAAAGGUGGCUGUGGAAAGACUGUUCUCCUGUUCCAUACUGCUUGUCAAUAUGCAAAGCAGCAUCCUCAGCAAAAGGUGUGUGUAAUGGAUAUGACCGUCAUUGGCGACAUAUCUCGACUUUUAUUGGGCGGUGAUGUUUACGAAAGCAAAAACUUGAACGGCUUGGAUGAAGUUGCGGAAAAAUAUUCGACAACUUUUCUUUUAGAAGCAGCAGCACAAGGUGUGGGCAAACCUUUGUCGACAACCAAUUCCAAGAAACGCGAGUCUAGCUUUUAUUUACACUCUCCUCCACCUAAAGGAAAUAAUUCAAGUAGUGGAAACAUUGAAGUGGGAAACUAUAUGUUGCAAGUAUCCGAAAUCAACAGCCACAUUCCUUCCAAUCUUUUCUUAACUGUGGGUGGAGGAUCUAAAGAGCAAAUUGUGUUUGACGAAGAUAAAAAAGAAAGGAUAAUAGGGACUUUAAAAGAGUCGCUUCAUAAAGACUCUGAUUCUUGGAAGGUAUUCUUAGAUACAGACGGAGACCUGACCUUCAGUUGUUAUACCCAAAUUGCCCUUUGUUUUGCUGAUAAAGUAGUUAUUCCAUUGAUGCCUUCGUAUAUAGACUUUCGCAGAGUAUCAAGCUUUUUAGAAGAGUUUUAUGCCUUGCAAGAAUCAAAAAAUGGGAAUGCAAAGAUAUUAGGUAUUGUCUGGAAUAAUGUUGAUUCUCAAAAGAAUGAGCCUUGGAAACCCUUUUCAAAUGUCUUUACUCCUACGAAUGCAGUGAAGAGUGUGAUUAAAGACUUGAACACUCAUCUUGCCAGGGUUGCACAGCAUUUCAGUCAAAUAUUCUAUCAUCCACUACCUGACGAUACACAGGACGAAGACAAAUUAUGUGAAAUGUUUUCACAAUCGUCGUCUUUAUUGAUGCGCAACUUUGGUGUCACUGGCAUGGCUUCUACUGACUGUGGCAUUCCAUUUUGUUCGAUGACGAAAGGUGAACUGCUGGGAAGUAGAAUGAAAUAUCAAAUGAAUGAUGAAUCCAUUAAGAACAUGUGUUUAAACAUUCAAGAGUUGCUUGAUAAAUUGUCCUAAUGACUAUUGAAUUCUUGUAGUGAUUGUUUUCGGAAUGAUAUAUAGAACCAUGUUGAGAGUGAAUGUGGAAACCUACGAAAUUGCCACUCUAAU